AUGCUUUCUUUUCAUUAAUUCUACAAUAUUCAAAUCCCAUUAACAUUCAUUCGUAGAUUCAAAGCAUCCUUCUUCACAUCACUCUCAUGUUUGUUCAACCUAAUCUCACCAAAUUCAACACAUACUUCAUAUCAAUCUCAUACACACAUACAGAAGUUAAUUUAUUAUAGAGAGAGAGAGAGAGAGAGAGAGAGAGAGAGAGAAACAAAAUGAAACUGCUGGCGUUACAGCAGAGUUACGCUAAUCGCCGGAGCAACAGUUUCAGAAACCAAUCGCCGUUAGAUUCAGCUACAGACGGACCUAACGCCGUUAAAUCUCCGUCAGGUAUCUUCUGGUUAAUCCUCCAUUGUUUAUGCUGUCUCGUUAGUCUAGUUCUCGGUUUCAGAAUCUCUCGUUUAGUGUUUUACCUACUCUUCACAACUUCAAUUAACAACUUAUACACCUCCACAACGACGUCGUUUCGAGCCUCAACUGAUAUCGCCGAAACGCUGUCGUUUACCACCUCUCUCCGGCGGGAUCCCGAUCCGGUUAAUGUUACGAGCAGAGUUGUGGUCGGGCGGCACGGGAUCCGGAUCCGGCCGUGGCCGCAUCCGGAUCCGCUGGAGGUUAUGAAAGCUCAUAGGAUAAUUGAAGCGGUUCAACGCGAACAGAAGGUUCAGUACGGGAUUAGAAACCCUAGGAGUUUGAUUGUUGUGACUCCGACGUAUGUGAGGACGUUUCAAGCGUUGCAUAUGACUGGAUUGAUGCAUACGUUGAUGAAUUUGCCGUAUGAUGUGGUGUGGAUUGUUGUGGAAGCCGGUGGUGUCACGAAUGAGACCGCCGCGUUGCUGGCGAAAACGAUGGCGAAUUCGAAGGUGCAAGUUAAGCAUGUUGGAUUUGAGAAGAGGAUGCCGGUUUUUUGGGAGGCUAGACAUGAGAUGGAAUCUCAGAUGCGGUUGCGAGCGUUGAGGGUUGUGAGAGAAGAGAAGUUAGAUGGGAUUGUUAUGUUUGCUGAUGAUAGUAAUAUGCAUAGUUUAGAACUCUUUGAUGAGAUUCAAAAGGUUGAGUGGAUCGGUGCUGUUUCGGUUGGGAUUCUUGCUCAUUCGAGUCGUCCAGAUGAAGAUCCGUUUGAGGUUCAGAAGACCGUGGAUGAAGAAGAUGAGAAGAAAUUAACGUUGCCGGUUCAAGGUCCGGCUUGUAAUUCAUCUGAUCGGUUAAUUGGGUGGCACACAUUUAAUUCUGUUGUAUACAAAGGAAAAAGUGCGAAUUAUAUUGGUGACAUGGCGAUGGUGUUGCCGAGGAAGUUGGAGUGGUCAGGGUUUGUGAUGAACUCGAGGUUGGUAUGGAAGGAAGCUGAAUUUAGGCCGGAUUGGAUUAAAGAUUUGGAGGUGGUGCUUGCAGGGGAUGAUAUUGAGAAUCCUCUUUCUUUGCUCAAAGAUUCUUCGAUGGUGGAACCGCUAGGUGGUUGUGGGAAGAAAGUGAUGCUUUGGUGGCUUCGGGCUGAGGCUCGUGCGGAUAGCAAAUUCCCUUCUGGGUGGAUAAUCGAUCCUCCAUUAGAAAUGACGGUGGCAGCUAAGCGAACACCAUGGCCUGAUGAACUCCCAUCUAUUACUCAAAAAGUAAUCAGCACCACCACGCAAGAGAACACCGAGAAGCGUGCAACAAAAACUCGUACCCCUAAGUCAAGACGCACUUCACGUGGCAAAAGAAAACGUGAAUCAAAGAAUGCAGAUGCACGUGUCACGGCUAGGAAUUCUAGAGAGAGAAUCAAUAACUAGGAAGAUGGAGGUGAAGAGAUCUUUAAUACAGAGUAAAUAGGUGGUGUAUCUUACUCAUUAUUUGAAAAUUUUCUUGAUUUUACUUCUAUUUUCUAUAGAUUUCCUGUAUCUGGUUGACAUGAAAUGGUGCUUGACAAAGAGAAAAAAGUGUAUAAGUUUGUGCUCCGUAUACAUAGUUCUCAGGAAAUACUAAAAUGGUAUUUGAAGAUUA